CUCUCUAAGUGCCACUUGACUCUGGUUUUAGGCUGGUUUUCUCAUGCACUCUGCAGUAAAGUGUUAUUAUCAGUGGAGAACCUGCAGAGAUGUGCAGCUUUCUGUAAAGUCAACCUGUUCAACUAGAACAACACUGUGCUGUCAAUGCAGUCGGUUCCCAUGGAGGUGGGGAGCAGCAGCAGCUCAGGCGGGUCACUGGUGGAGGUCAGCUUCCCCGGCGCUCAGACCUCGGUGCUGGACAGCCUCAACCGGCAGAGAGAGGACGGCAGUCUCUGCGAUCUGUCCAUCCACGUUCAGGGACACGUCUUCAAGGCGCACCGCUGCGUCCUGGCCGCGUCCUCGCCCUACUUCCAUGAUCAGGUGGGCGAGUUUGACCCAAAUGGUUCUGAGACGUAUCUCAGAACCAUGUGGGAGCAAAUAAUAAAGGAAGAUAUGAAUGCUAAUAAGCAAAUUAGUUGAUUUUCUGCGAAUCAUAAAUAAAUGAUAAGUUUUUAUUCUUCUGGUGGUAAUAAACUAUGAUCUGCUUUAUUUUUCAACCAUAUUUACUUAAAAUGAACAUUUUUUAGGGCUGCACACCCCCGAGACGGGAGCAGCUUUCUGGGGGGAGGAGCAGCGGCUGGGGGGGCCUCUGUGGAUGGAGGCAGGGCCAGUAACACCCCCAGCUACUGCACCCCAUCAGGGGGAGAGGAGGCCCUGCUCAUAGAGGARGAGGAGGAGGAGGAGGAAGAGGAGGAGGUCAUGUACCACCACAGGAAGAGAGGAAGAGGAGGAGGCAGUGGGAGGAGGAAGAAAGUGAGCUCAGUGUUGGAGCAGGAGGUCGGAGUCAGYGACAGCUUCGGCGUUUCCUCCUAUCAGGACGGGGAGGACUCUGAGGCGGCGCUGCAGAAGCGUCCCGCCUACAGCCAGCCCAGCAUCAUGCCACGCAAGCAGUGGGUGGUGGUGAAGACGGAGCGGACGGAGGACGACGACCUGAUCGUCGUGUCCGGAGAGGAGGGCGGUGAGGAUGAGGAGGACGAAGACGAGAGGGACAUGGAGCUGGUUAGAGAGCGGGAGAGAGCGAACUUCAACAUCUCCAACAUCAGGAGCCUUUCAGCGGAGCUGGCGGUCCGAGCGGAGAGCGACAUGGACUCACAGGUGGAUUACUGCCAGUCAUCAGAGGACUACCUAAAGUUUGAGGGCAGCCUGAUCGAGCAGACGUUAGCCCAGCACCUCCAUGACAGCGCUGUGGGUCAGAACCAGAGCGCCAACCGGGCCGUGUCGGCCCUGCUGGGUCAGGUCCAGUCCGCGGCCUCGGCCCGGGCACAGCUCUUCCCUCUGGACAUGCAGGGGAACCAGAUCCUGCUGUACAGCCAGGCGUCCGGCCUCGCUCUGGACCCGGCCGCGCCGCCACUUGGCGUGGCCUCCGGCAUGAUGGGCGGAGCCUCUUUCAAAACGCCCGGCCUGGAGCACGGCGCCGUCCAGCUGCAGACCGGAUUGGGUCCGGACGGUUCUGACAGUGGCGGGGUCGGAGGCGGAGCCGGCGGCGGCUCCGGGGGAACCACAAAGGUGUUCAUGUGUCACUGUGGGAAAACCUUCACCCACAAGAGCAUGCGGGACCGGCACAUCAACAUGCACCUGGACCUGCGGCCGUUCCACUGCCCCGUCUGCGCCAAGAAGUUCAAGAUGAAGCACCACCUGACGGAGCACAUGAAGACCCACACCGGCCUCAAGCCCUACGACUGCCUGGGCUGCGGCAAGAAGUUCAUGUGGCGCGACAGCUUCAUGAGGCACCGCUCGCACUGCGAGAGGCGCGGCGCCGACGGCGACACAGCAGGGGGUGGGGACGGAGGGAGGCGAGGUGGAGGAGGAGGAGAGGAGGGCCCGGACUUCAGCGCCUCCACCCACCUKCUGCUGUCUGCCGUUGACGGAGGUCAGGGAGGAGCAGCCAGAGGAGGAGGAGCGUCUGCAGCUGCUGCUGGACAACAUGGCGGCUCCUCCGGAGGAAGCAGUCACCAUGGCAACAACAUGGCCGCUGCUGCAGGGGCGAUGCUGGGGGUCGUCUCCCAGAGUCUGGAUCCGGAUCACGGAUCGGGAAUGUUCGGAGGGCUGGGAUUGGCUCGAGGUGUGUGUGAGGAAGACGUGUGUGAGGUCAGCGCAGACGGAAGCAGCGUGACUUAAACCGAAGCUGAGGGAGCCAAUGGGAGCCCGGUUCUGAUGGUUCUGAUGGUUCCUGCUGGUUCUGAAGGUUCUGAAGGUUCUGAUAGUUCUGAAGGUUCUGA